AUGAAUGAAGUUGAAUCACUGCUAAAUUCUACUGAUAGUACAUUUUUAGCAGUGGCUCUUGGAACGUAUAAUGAUCAAAAAGAGGUCACUGUAUUGGAAAAAUGGCUUUAUUACCAGGAUAAAAACGAAAUGCCUUUUGAAUAUUUACUCAAACUAAAUACAUAUAUACCAUCAUCCGAAAAAGAUAUGAGAUUGAAGAAUAUCCUAUUUAGGCAUGUAGAUUCGCAUCAACUCAAUCUUGGAUCUUUUGCUUCAAUUUAUCAAAUUACAAAUGAUGAUGUUAAGAGAAAUUAUUGUGUUGCGAUAAUCUACAACUUAAAGAAAAUUGAUAUGUCAUUCGAGCAGGAGCAGCAAAUCAAAUAUUUUUUAAAACAAAUCACUCAUUCAACAAGAUCCGCACUAAAAUUCCAACAACCACUACAAAUAUCAACACCUCUUAUUUCUCGUGCUCUCGAAUAUCUUAAUCGCUUUACAAAUGCUCAUAUAUAUAAAAUGCCUGAUUUUCCAAGUUUACCAGCUGAUUUGAUGUUCCACAUGAUAGCUCUUACAUCUCAUUUUGAGACACAGAUGUCAACAAUCAUAGAAUCAAAUGAUUAUAAUCAAGCAAAAGCCAUGGCUCAGUUUCUUGCUAAUUUCAUGUUCCCUUAUCAGCUUUAUCAUUCGUCAUUUGAACAUUUACGACGUCCAAUAUCAGGUCUUUACCUCCAAAUCAUUCAAUGUCAAGCACAAUCCCCAGAAGAUAUUUUAUUAACAUUUUCUUUUCCUUGCACUUGGAUUCGGCUAUCAGAUAAGACAGUAUGGCAAACUCCUACCAUGGAUGAGCAAAUUUCUGUCUCAGGAGAUUACAAUUCUUUAGUAAAUUUAAAUACAGAAGAUCCUGAAAGAGAAAGAUUAAUUCAAGUCAUAAAGAAGAAGUACAAGCUUACACAGAAAACUUCUCCAUGUCCUUGGGUUGUUUCUUCAGUUAUUUUGGUUUCUCAAGCAGAAGAAAGAAUCAGACAAAGAAUGUGUGCUCUUAGACUUGAAUCCUUAAUGAACAUUGCAAGGAGCGCAAUAGAUAUUACAAAUAACUGGAUUGGAGAAUCAUCUUUUAUUUUAUUCGAAAAAGUAAGAGAGCUUUGGGAAAUUUUGGGAUUAACUGGUAAAGAUGACAUGUAUAUGAUAGCAGCUGUUGGCCAAAUACUUGAUUCAACCAUUCAAGGAAAAUUAUUCACAAAUAGAAGAGUUGUUCUUAUGCAAAUAUCAUCUGUAUAA